AUGGCCUAUCGUCAAUUCUCAGCUGUGAUAUUACCACUUUUGUUGAUUAGUGUUUCAUGCCUGAACAGCCAGACAAGUCUGGUAGAUGCUCAACAGCUUAUGGAAAUAACUUUACUGGAGAUACCUGAAUUGCCAGAGCUGCCUUCUUUUCCUCAGGUUGAAUUGCCACCAUUACCAGAAUUGCCAGAUCUCCCAGAGCUUGAAGUGCCACAACUGCCUGAUUUGCCUGAUAUCCCUGAUUUGCCUGACCUCCCUACGCUCACGUUACCUGCCAAAUCAACUAUUCCCAAGGACAUCAACCCCUUUCAUUCAACUAAUAGUCCUUAA